UGAAGCAAGAACCAAAGACGAGCUGUGUUUCCCGAUUAGUUUUGUCUUUUUAAUUUUCCUCGUUACCUUUCCAUAUUCGCCGAUAUUUUUUCGCUUCUUCCGAAUCGCCGGAUUUGUAUCCAUCGACCACCACCUUUUCUUUUGCAAAGAAAUCACACAAUAGGCCUCUCCACUCUCCUCUCGCAAGAUCUGAUCCGAUUUUUCCCGUUUCUCUCAAACCCUAAUCUUUAAAUUCAGAUUAGCGUCCCUUUGAUCUUCUCCUUCUCCUCCUUUUCAAAUCCCAAAAUUAGAGAUUCGAAUUCCGUGUUCUCUUAAUCUCUAUCUCCGCCUUCCACAAUUUUGUUGCUUUCCCCCAAAUUCUGGUUUCUGUGACCAGGUUUCCAAUAAAUGUGGUAGAUCGAGACCCAAGAUAUCGUUUCUGGGGGAGGUGAGGGGUGCAUGAGGAUUUGGUGUUUUUCUUGCUUCACCGACGAAGACGACGAGGAGGAAGACGAAAACAGCGGCAGAGUAAAGAACCAAUCUUCUUUAGCAACGGCCAUGGAGAACAAUGGCGGUGAUGGCGAUUUUGUUAAUUUUGGUGAAAACGAGAGGACGCCAAGAGCCCCACGUUGGAGGCUGUGUGCGGAGUUACUGACGAGGGAGGAGGAAGGUGAAGCCGCUGGGGAUGAAUUGGAACGCUUAUGGACCUCUGAGAUUCGGUUACAUCAGUUAGUUCAGGGAGAGAGUAGCAAUGCUGCAGCUACUGAGGAUAGUACGAUGGAGGAAGCUGAUCAUGAUUCGCAUCACAAGCGUGCCAAAGUCUACUCUGGCCUUGCUGAGUGCAGGUCGGUUUCCGGGGCAUCUUCAGAUGCUGGGAAUUCUGGUUCGUCGGUGGAGAGAACUGUUAGUUUUGGCAUUGCCUCUUCUUCCCGGUCGGAUACUGAUAUGUUCUGCCAGAAUUUCAUCUUGAAUUAUAGUCGGAAAGAUGGAAAAAAAGAUGAUGGAGAUGAUAACGGUUCUUCAGACGCAGAAGAUUUUGAAGUUCAUAUCGAUUUGACUGAUGACCUCUUGCAUAUGGUAUUCUCCUUCUUGAAUCAUGUCGACCUCUGUCGCUCUGCUAUGGUAUGUCGGCAGUGGAGAGUAGCUAGUGCUCAUGAGGAUUUCUGGAAAGUCUUGAACUUUGAAAAUAUAAGGAUUUCUAUCGAACAAUUUGAAAACAUGUGUAGUCGCUAUCCAAAUGCUACUGAAGUGAAUGUUUAUGGUGCUCCUGCUGUUAACGCUCUGGCUAUGAAAGCAGCUACCACUUUGAGGUAUCUUGAGGUCUUAACGAUAGGAAAGGGUCAUAUCAGUGAAAACUUUUUCCAGGCAUUGGGAGAGUGUAAUAUGUUGAGGAGUGUGACUGUAAAUGAGGCUAUUCUGGGAAAUGGUGCUCAGGAAAUAAACCUGAGUCAUGAUAGGCUACGCAGACUCAAAAUUACGAAAUGCCGUGUUAUGCGCUUGUCUAUCAGAUGUCCGCAGCUCAGAUCUUUAUCAUUGAAAAGAAGCAAUAUGUCUCAGGCGAUGCUUAACUGUCCACUCCUCCAACUUCUUGAUAUAGCCUCAUGCCAUAAGCUCUUGGAUGCUGCUAUCCGUUCAGCGGCCACUUCGUGUCCUCAGUUAGAGUCACUAGACGUUUCUAACUGUUCAUGUGUCAGCGAUGAAACUUUGCGUGAGAUAGCCCAGGCUUGUGCUAAUCUGCAUAUUCUUAAUGCUUCAUACUGCCCCAAUAUAUCUCUUGAGUCAGUACAUCUUCCAUUGUUGACUGUUCUGAAGCUGCAUAGCUGUGAGGGUAUUACAUCCGCGUCUAUGACUUGGAUUGCUAAUAGUCCUGCGCUAGAGGUUUUGGAGCUUGACAAUUGCAAUCUGUUGACAUCUGUAUCUUUGCAUCUGUCACGUUUGCAGAGUAUAAGCCUAGUCCAUUGUCGCAAAUUUACAGAUCUGAACUUGCAAAGCACCAUGCUUUCAUCAAUCACUAUUUCCAACUGUCCAGCGCUUCGUCGUAUCACAAUCACUUCCAACUCCCUUCGACGAUUAGCUCUCCAGAAACAGGAGAAUUUGACAACAUUGGUUCUGCAAUGCCAUUCCUUGCAAGAAGUGGAUCUCUCUGAUUGUGAAUCAUUGUCCAAUACUGUUUGUCAAAUAUUUAGUGAUGAUGGUGGAUGCCCAAUGCUGAAAUCAUUAAUUCUUGACAACUGUGAGAGCUUAACAGCAGUGCGGUUCUGCAAUUCAUCGUUAGCUAGUCUUUCCCUAGUUGGCUGUCGUGCUGUUACUUCUCUUGAGUUGAAGUGCCCUCGCAUAGAGCAGAUCUGUUUAGAUGGAUGUGAUCAUCUCGAAACUGCAUUCUUCCAGCCUGUCGCGCUCCGGUCUCUUAAUUUAGGAAUAUGCCCGAAAUUGAGUGUGCUCAAUAUUCAAGCACCUUAUAUGGUGUCUCUUGAACUGAAAGGUUGCGGUGUAUUGUCUGACGCAAUCAUUAUUUGUCCUCUAUUGACAUCUUUAGAUGCGUCUUUCUGCAGUCAACUGAGGGAUGACUGUCUGUCUGCAACCACUGCUUCCUGCCCACUAAUCGAGUCACUUGUCCUAAUGUCUUGCCCUUCUAUUGGCCCCGAUGGCUUGUCUUCCUUGAACGGGCUCCCACAUUUAACUGUUCUUGAUUUAUCAUACACCUUCUUGAUGAAUUUGGAGCCUGUCUUCAAGUCUUGCCUUCAGCUGAAGGUGCUCAAAUUACAAGCCUGCAAAUAUCUCACUGACUCAUCACUGGAGCCAUUAUACAAAGAAGGUGCUUUACCGGCACUUGAAGAGCUGGACCUGUCUUAUGGAACUCUUUGUCAGACUGCGAUAGAUGAUCUACUUGCAUACUGCACACACUUGACCCAUUUGAGCUUGAACGGCUGUGUAAACAUGCAUGACCUGGACUGGGGCUCAACCAGUGUAGAGCUAUUUGAUUACUUUGGGGUUUACAGUUGUAGUGAGAAUACCCAGGAACCAGCUGAAACAGCCAAUCGCUUAUUGCAAAACCUAAACUGUGUGGGUUGCCCUAAUAUCAGAAAAGUGUUGAUACCACCUGCGGCUUGCUUUUACCAUUUAUCAACGCUGAACCUUUCUUUAUCGGUCAAUCUGAAGGAGGUUGAUCUCGCCUGUUCCAACCUGGUUUUACUUAAUCUAAGCAACUGUUGCUCUCUGGAAGUAUUGAAGCUUGGCUGUCCAAGAUUGGCCAGUCUCUUUCUUCAGUCUUGUAACAUGGAUGAAGCAGGAGUUGAAGCGGCUAUAUCAGGAUGCAGCUCACUCGAGACAUUGGAUCUUCGUUUCUGUCCAAAGAUAUCCUCGGUGAGCAUGACAAAGUUCCGAACAGUGUGCCCUAGUUUGAAACGCGUCUUCAGCAGUCCGAAUCUUUUGCAAGAUUAGGGUUUUGCGCGGAAUGUUUUAUUAUAUACAACUUUUUCUGCAGAUUAUAGAGAUAAUGUGUUGUGUUGUGUUGUGUGGUGUUUGGGAUGUAAAUGGGUCGAAGUCAUGAGUUUCAGUAGUGCAUAUAGGCCUCUGGAGCUCGUACUGUGGCCUCCUUAGUUCUGCUUGUGUGAUGAUGACACAAACCUAACAACAUUAAUACUUUUUCGUGUCUAUGGUUCGUGAUAAUGUUGCUACUGUUAUAUGUAGAUCUUCUAUUUGCCUCAUCAAUAUUCCUAGUAAGCAUU